AACCCCGCAAGUCACAAACAAACCCUUGCUUUGAACAGAGUCUAAAACGGCUCUCCAAACCUCUGCUCUGCGCUCUCCCGCCGUGAACCAGAUCACCCUACAGCCGCCGACCUAGAUGUCAUAACGUCAACAACCGCCGUAACUCUCUACACCCCUCUGUUGGCCAAGUCAUUCUUUCCAGCUAAGGACAACAGAGCAAUCGCUUUUCUUCUCUGCCUGAAAUAAAGGUAUAUUCCAUGAGUACAAUGACGAAUAAGUGUGAUGGUCGGAAAGUCUCCAAAGUUCGCCGCCCAUCCUCAUCGGUUGAAGAGGAUAGUGGUGAAAGUAACGUUGGAGGAGAAGGUCAUUUAAAGAAAGGUCCUUGGACCUCAGCAGAGGAUGCAAUUUUAGUAGAUUAUGUCAAGAAGAAUGGAGAAGGGAAUUGGAAUGCAGUUCAAAGGCAUUCAGGACUUGCCAGAUGCGGAAAAAGUUGUCGUUUACGGUGGGCAAAUCAUUUGAGACCAGAUUUAAGAAAGGGCGCAUUCACCGAAGAAGAAGAGCGCCGGAUCAUUGAGCUUCAUGCUAAGAUGGGAAACAAAUGGGCACGGAUGGCUGCAGAGUUGCCUGGGCGUACAGACAAUGAGAUAAAGAACUAUUGGAACACAAGAAUUAAAAGAAUGCAGCGAGCUGGUCUACCAAUCUACCCUCCUGAUGUAUGCCUGCGGGUGAUGCAUGGCAAUCAAGAAAGUGUAAAUGUUGGUACCUUGAGAGAUGAAGCCAACCAGCAUGAUGAUCUCUCACAGACAGAUACUCUGGAUAUACCGGAGUUAGAUUUCAAACUAGUCAAACUCUGUCCAGGUUUAUCUUAUGGAACAUCAAUUUGUGAUAUACCUGAAAGUAGCAUGGUUGAAAUGAGUUCGGACUCGUCCCAUGGUUACAAUCACAUGUUUCCUGUGAUGCCUCCUUCGAAACGCCUUCGAGAAUCAGACAUGCAAUAUGGAUAUUUGGACAGUUGUAUCAGUGAUUCUGUCCCAAUAUUUGAACAGUAUGGUGAUUACACGUGUGAUAAAAUUUCCGACCAUACUCAAUUGUCUUCUCCAUGUGAUCCUAUUCUAAACACCAGCGAUCAGUUUCAUGGUGAUGACACAUAUGGUAGCCAUGCUCCCUUAAAUGGCAAUACUUCUUCUUCUUCUGUGCCCCUACCCGGGGCCAUGAAGUUGGAGCUCCCUUCACUCCAAUAUUUUGAAACUCAACACGGUAUCUGGGGCACACCUGCUUCCCCACUUCCCUCACUUGAGUCCGUUGACACGAUGAUCCAGUCUCCGCCGGCCAAGCCGUCUCCUUCGGAUCCUGUUUCUCCAGAGAGGAGCGGUUUGCUGGAAGCAAUAAUCUACCAGCCCAAGCAGUUACAAGUGGCCAAUAACAAUUCACUUCAAGCAACACCCAAUGAUUGUGUUCGCAAAGAAGUUAAGAUUUCAACCAUGAAGUGUAAGCCAGAAUGCGAUGAACAAGGCGGGCCGCAUUUCCCCUUAGGUCAGUCUGCUGCUUCAGUUGCAACCAAUUAUACUACUUCCAUUAGCAUGUGCUUGGUGGAUGCACCCCAAUCAGUUGAAACUAUUCAGGAUCAUAAUAUUAAGCAAGAACUAGGCACACAGUACCCAGCUUACGUGUCUGGGAAGAAAGAAAACUGGAAUCAAAUAGACUUCACACGGCCCGAUGCUUUACUCGACUUGGGUUGGUUUGGGAGUGGCAUCGAUUGCGACGAUUAUGAUGGCGAUCAGUUUCUUUUCAAAGAUGCUUUAAGCCCAUUUCUUGGUCAAGAUCCGGAUGGUUAGCCCUAGUAUUUAUAUGUAUAGCCUACAUUGCUUUGGCAUUAUUAUUGUGUAGCGUAGUAGUGGUUGCUAAUGAGAUUGCUUUGUUUAAUAUUUUGAAGUCUAUAGUAGGUCCCUUAUGUUCUCCAUUCAGUGCCACCCUAGCCAUGAUUGAUUUGAUGCUAAAGUGUCAAUUGGGAAUGCUAGGUUUUUUUUUUGCCUCAUUUCAACGUCAAAGUUGUCACAUUGGACAUUUGAUGCUGAAUGCUGAUACUGGAACUAUUAGGUGAAAGCUUGCAUUUGGAACUAUUGUAUUAUGCUGAAUGCUGUCCCCUCCAUCAACAACACCAUCACCACCCUACAUUGCCACUAACCACAAAAACAUUAGAACCAUCACUGGCCAUCGAAUUGGAAACACCGCACCACACCGUGACCACGAAGCACAAUAACAACAAUAGAUUGAAAUAACAACAAUAGAUUGAAAUACCCAAUUCAAAGCUAAUAAACAAAUUGAAAUAUAAAAGCACAAAA